AUGACAUCCGUGGCCGUAGAAAGUACUCCUGGCCUCGCUGACAGUCUCCCGCCAGCGAACGACCCUCCUGCGCAACCCACUUACAACUUCAGCUUUACUCCAUUCCUUCGCGCCAAUGGCCUCGCUGCCCUUGCCUCGACAGUUCCUGUUUGCCCUGAUUUCGCUGCUACCGGACAGUGUCCUCGAGGUCGACGUUGCGCCGACCGCCACCCAACUCCAGCUCAGCAGACCCAACAUCACUACAGUCGCAACAAUGAUAACUAUGUCUGCAAACAUUGGCUGAAGGGACUUUGUAAGAAGGGCGAUGCCUGUGAUUAUCUUCAUGAAUAUAACCUCCGAAAGAUGAGCGAGUGCCAGUUCUUCAACCAGAACGGAUACUGUCAAAACGGCGAUGAGUGUCUCUAUGUGCACGUCAAGGAAGAUUCGAAGCUACCUUUAUGCGACGACUAUAAUAAAGGAUUCUGUGAGAAAGGUCCAAAGUGCCCAAACAGACAUGUGAGGAGAAAGUUAUGUCCCUUCUAUCUGGCAGGUUUCUGCCCUGAUGGUAGGGACUGCAAGCACGGAGUACAUUUGAAAAGUGGACGGGCGGGUCAAGAAAGGGAGGCUGAGGCCCAAAGACGAGAAAAAAUACAGGAGCUUGAGAAGAGAGAGGAGGACGCUCGGAAAGACGCUGCUUGGAAAGGAAAUAGAGGAAGAGGCGGCAGAUGGAGAAGCAAACGAGACAGAAGGUGA